AUGUGUCCCGAAGAUGACCCGGAUCACCCAAUCAUCGCCUCAUCCGCUACUGCUUGUCACUGUGUGGUACUCAAGGCGGUCAAUAAGGCCAGGUAAAUAACUUAUCUUAUCACAUGGCAAGUCCCAUUAAAUGGCCGAGAUACUGCCUCUAGGUGUCCUCUAAAAGUGUUUUCAGCUCAUAUUCUACAUAAUACGUGAAUGCCAAAUGUGAGCAAUUCCUCUGAAACUUAUUCCCUUGAUUUAAGUUGCCCAAUACUCGACAUGCUUCGAUCCGAAAAUUGAAUUUUUAACCCUACGAGUGGACAAAUGGUGGUCACUUGACAAAAUGAGUUGUGAAUAAUUUUGCUGCAAGUUGUUUAAAGGCUCUGCAACAGGUUGUCUAUCCGUGCGAGUCUUUUGGAUGGAACCGGAGAAUUGGUGCGGGCAGGCUCAUUUGUGCCGAGUUCGGGGAAAAGCGAACUCUAGUGAGCCUGCUAGCAGGCGAUCGUCGUUUUGACAAAAUGCAAUAUCGAACAAAAACCGCAUGCACAGUUAGAAUAAUAUACAUUCGAUUAUUACCUGUGGUCAAUGGCUAUGUAUCUAAUAUGCAGUUCGUAUAGAUCGUACUGAAUAUUAAAAAAUAUACUUUCUAAUACUUGUUUCCUCGAGGGUUUAGGUGUGAAGGGCUAAUAUGUUACGUUUUUCUUCUAACAGAGGUAGGGAUGCUUCUAACACAGGUUCAGGUCCAGAGUUUUUUGGCUUUUCUCAUCCAACCAUUCAGUACUUGAUUCAGAGCUUACCUGGGGCCAGAAAAUGCACUAAGUAUCAGUGGGUCAAAUUUGAGCUU